CGUUGACUCGUUGAAAGACAAGAACUCCUACCACGUUUUCGGUCCACCGCCGACAUGAAGAGAUACGGAGGGGCGUCGACGUGCAUCCUGCUGCCGGUGUUGGCAGGAUUAUUUAGCCAGCCACAAGACGUUGCGGCGGAGCUUGGUAGUUGCAGCAACUUGGACUCUUCCUCGUUUGCUUCUGACAACGUUGGUAAGCGGAAAUAUUGAUGAGGGGUUUGCAUCCCUCUCCCGGCUGCUGUUGCGCUGUCUUGUGAACACGUCGAUGGCCAUCCAUCCUGCGAAGUUGCUCUUGGUUUGGUGCUCAUUGACUUAUCCUUGACGUAUGACUUUUCCAAGUGAAUGGACGUAGCUGGCAAUCGGCAAUCACGACCCGCAACGGGUUUCAAUACGCGACAUGGUGGGCUGCCAAUCGAACGGCCAUGGUCGGCCGACGCCGAUUGAAGCCAACCGGAGCUUGGGAAGUGGCUGCUCUGAGCUACUCUCUCCCUGAUGACACCUACCUCCGCGACUCGAGGAACGCCAUCAGUAUGGGGAUCUCACCCUCCGAUGAGCGGAUCCAUCUCGCUUUCAACAUGCACGACAGUGAGCUAUUUUACAUUGGCAGCCAGAGCGACAUGACGUCCGUUGCUGGUCAUUCCUUGUCGUGGGGAGGGCAUCGAUUUGGUAUUAUGAUCAACAAGUUGGCUGGGACGCCCAUUGAAAGCGUUGUCGCGUACCCUCAAUUUCUUGUUAGUCCGACCAAUUAUCUGCAGAUGUUUUACCGAGUUGGGACAGUGGUCCCGCCGGAGUCUACACCACCUCAGGCAAAAGCAGCAGUGGGCCUCGAUCCUUCUUCCCAUCUGGCCCAGCAUAUGCGCGGGCGGCUUAUCCAACGAAGGACGUACUUUAUCCAGUCCGGCGACCUCGGCCGGAACUGGAAUACCGUGAAAAACAACCCCGUCGCGAAAACCGGCAGUACUCCCUCCUUGGCUGUUGACGAUCUGUACGUGAGAGCAGACGACGUUGGCAUCAACCAAGCCAUGAUGAAUUCGGAAUCCAUGGUCGUCACGAGCAGCAAGAGUUCAACCCUCCCGUUCACUCUCGUUUCCCACGUACCAUCGGCGUCACUUUCGUGUUCGACGGAUUGGCAGAACGAUCGCAUAGCGUAUGGCAGAAACUACUUGCUGAGACGCGUGUCCGGGGGGUUCAACAAGACGCUGAUUGAUUUCCCGCUGAACGGAUGGGGCACAUCCCAUCUCGUCCUCGACAGCAAGGACAACGCGUACGUGAUUUACAACGACCUGCGGGUGGUUCGCGGCUCCAAGGCGUCCGGUUGGCUGACCUGGACGCUGUUGUCGGAUUUCGGAAGCGAGCUUGGAUACUCCUCUGCAUCUUAUGCCAUCGACAAGUCGCGGUCGCAGACGGAGAAUGUCGUGUCGCUGCUGUUCCAGAUGCCGACGGGGGUACGGGUGAUUGAUAUAGUGCUCAAUCCUUGAACGAAGUGCACUAUAAACUGCUGUAGCACGACCCUUUUUGGUAGCACAGGAACGUUUUGGUAGCAAAGUCCGCAGCCCUGUUUUUCUCGAAUAAACUAUACGGCUGCAUAAACCCCUUGCUGAAUGCUAGUCGA